UUUGGGAAAUGACCGUUUGAUCUGAAUUUUCCCUGAUUUCCAGCUCCUCCUCCCCUUUUCCCUCCUCCUCCUGUCCCUUCAUUCUCUCUGGCACUGCAGGCCCGUGACUGUGUGGUCAGGCUUCCCCAUAAGCCUGGCUGAGAUCCUCUCCCACACUGAGCCUUUGACCCAAACAGUGGUCACCAAAUGAACAUCUGCUUUUAGCCUGGGCAGGUGGGACUUGGCUCAGGCAUCCUGCUACAACUUGGGAUGGGAAAGAAGCUCUAGGCAUCUUGUAGAAGAAAAAAAGGAGAUUUCCUGAUUGGCAGUGAGGCAAAGAGAUAGAGCCAAGCUGAAGAAGAGAAGGGCUCCUGGAUCAGGACAGAAAGAACCCAGAAUUCCUUCCCUUAGAAAUUCACUUUUGAGAGCACCUCAUCCCUCGGGCCCUGGCGAGAUCCCUCAGCAUGGCCUAAGGCGGGAAACGGAGAUGCUGCCGGCGGAAAUGUACAGACCCCACUCGCAGGGCUUUCCUUCAGCCGGACUGUGAGCUGCGCCCGCCCGGGAUCCCCGCUCCUAAAGGGGGCCCCACAGCCCCUCCCGAGGGAUGGGGAUGGCUACGGAGAUUAGCGUGCCAGCGAAGCUCAUCAAUGGUGGCGUGGCCGGGCUGGUGGGGGUGACCUGCGUGUUUCCCAUUGACUUGGCCAAGACGCGGCUGCAGAACCAGCUUGGAAAGGUGGCUUACACAGGAAUGAUAGACUGCCUGGUGAAGACGGUCCGCACAGACGGCUUUUUUGGCAUGUACAGAGGGGCAGCAGUGAACCUAACCUUAGUCACUCCAGAGAAAGCUAUCAAGCUGGCAGCCAAUGACUUCUUCCGAGAGAAGCUCUUAGAAGAUGGGUCGAAACACAAUCUGAUAAGGGAGAUGCUGGCUGGCUGCGGAGCUGGAGUGUGCCAGGCGGUGGUUACCUCUCCCAUGGAAAUGCUAAAGAUACAGCUGCAGGAUGCGGGACGGCUAGUUGGUCAGCAGCACAGGACUUGCGCGUCUGCAGCUUCCCCCGUCAGGCCCUACACCACGGACUCCACCCCUAAGCGGCCUUCCGCCACCAUCAUUGCCUGGGAGCUGCUUCGUACUCGAGGCGUGAGUGGCCUUUAUAGGGGUCUUGGUGCUACUCUACUAAGGGAUAUUCCUUUCUCAAUCAUCUAUUUUCCUUUUUUUGCCAACCUCAACCAACUGGGUAUCAAUGAAGCUACUGGGAAGGCCCAUUUUUUCCACUCAUUUGCAUCUGGUUGCUUAGCUGGCUCAACGGCCGCCAUUGCAGUGACACCCUUGGAUGUUUUGAAAACUCGAAUUCAGACUCUCAAGAAAGGUGUGGGGGAUGAAGCCUAUAAUGGGAUCAUAGACUGUGCCAGGAAAGUCUGGACUCGUGAGGGACCUGCUGCCUUUAUGAAAGGGGCUGGCUGCCGGGCCCUAGUCAUAGCACCUCUUUUUGGUAUUGCCCAAGGUGUCUAUUACCUUGGUAUUGGGGAAAGCAUCUUAACAUUUUUCUUUAGAUCUAGCUAAUAAAGGACUCUAGCAGAUAUAACAGUACUCUUUUAAUAGUUGCUAAACACUGAGAAAUGAACCUGGUGUCACAUUCCUAAUUAUAAUAGGAAUUAAUUUCAGACAUUGGGGGAGGGAGGGGGGAGAAAAAUCAGAAAUGUAAGCGAUAAUUAUGAGAACCUAAGUAACUAACUAUAGCAACUCCAAAUCGUGACCAGUUCAAGGAUCAGGGUGACUAGAGCUGAUGAGCAUUCUCUGGGAAGUCGCUUCAGCUAUAUGCAUGAAAAUCAAUCAUUCUUAAAGGAGUCACUGAGAUCAAGCCUCAGCAUUGUUGAUAGUUAAUGUUAGAGAUAAAAAAAGUUUGCUAUGAAAAGUUUAAGAGAAAACUAAACAAAGAUAGAGUGAAGACUGGCUGGUUUUUUUUUAAGGCAACAAUACUUGUAUCUUAUCUGAACAAAAUAAACAUUAAAACAAGCAAUGGACAAAG